GUGCGUUCGGCUGCUGGCCUGGGCCCCGCUGGACCUGCCGCUCCGACCGGCGGCGCGCGGGUUCCGCAGACUCGCGGGCUGGGGCGCGCGGUUCGGGCGGAGCGGGCGGGGACGCGGGCCCGAGUCGCCGGUGGUUUUUGGCGGCGCGGGGACUGGACGCCGCAGGAGCUGCAGGUCGGCCCGCGCGCUUUGGCGCUUUGACGCACCGGGCGCCGCUGCGGCAGGAUGAAGCGCUGCUCGCCUCCGGCCGAGUUGUUUUUGCGAAAGCGGCCCCCCGCGCCGGGAGCGCUCAAGGUCUGAACUUCCCUCUGGAGCCGUAGUUGGAGGCGCGCCGCGCAGAGGCCACCAGCGGGCGACGGCGCCCGAGGGAAGCGCGGCGCGUCCCGGACUGAGGAACCUGGGCAGCUGCGGCCCGGGACCCCCGGAACACCAGGUACCCCUGACCCGUCCGGGAAAGGUUCCAGGAGCUCGGCAACAUGGCUUCCUCACCCCACCAGCAGCUGCUGCAUCACCACAGCACCGAGGUGAGCUGCGACUCCAGCGGAGACAGCAACAGCGUGAGGGUCAAGAUCAACCCCAAACAGCUGUCUUCCAACAUCCACCCCAAGCACUGCAAGUACAGCAUCUCCUCCAGCUGUAGCAGCUCGGGGGAUUCCGGGGGGCUUCCCAGGCGGGUGGCCGGCGGGAGCCGUCUGCGCCGGCAGAAGAAGCUGCCCCAGCUGUUCGAGAGGGCCUCCAGCCGGUGGUGGGAUCCCAAGUUCGACUCCGUGAACCUGGAGGAGGCCUGCUUGGAGCGCUGCUUCCCGCAGACCCAGCGCCGCUUCCGGUACGCACUCUUCUACGUGGGCUUUGCCUGCCUUCUCUGGAGCAUCUAUUUCUCUGUCCACAUGAGAUCUAAGCUGAUUGUCAUGGUGGUCCCCGCUCUGUGCUUCCUGGUGGUGUGCGUGGGUUUUUUUAUGUUUACUUUCACCAAGCUGUAUGCCCGGCAUUACGCGUGGACCUCGCUGGCGCUCACCCUGCUGGUGUUCGCCUUGACCCUGGCUGCCCAGUUUCAGGUUUGGACGCCUCUGUCAGGACGUGUUGACAGCUCCAAUCAUACUCCCACAGCCAAGGCGGCAGACACUUGCUUAUCUCAAGUGGGGAGCUUUUCCAUGUGCAUCGAAGUGCUCUUUUUGCUCUACACCGUCAUGCACUUACCUUUGUAUCUGAGCUUGUUUUUGGGAGUGGCCUAUUCUGUUCUUUUUGAGACCUUCAGCUAUCAUUUCCGAAAUGAAGACUGCUUCCUUUCCCCUGGCCCUGCGGCCCUGCACUGGGAAUUGCUGAGCAGGGCCUUGCUCCAUGUGUGCAUCCAUGCCAUCGGGAUCCAUCUCUUCAUCAUGUCUCAGGUGAGGUCCAGAAGCACCUUCCUCAAGGUGGGACAAUCCAUUAUGCACGGCAAAGAUCUGGAAGUAGAAAAAGCUCUCAAAGAGAGGAUGAUUCAUUCUGUGAUGCCAAGAAUCAUCGCUGAUGACUUAAUGAAGCAGGGGGAUGAGGAGAGUGAGAAUUCCAUCAAGAGGCAUGCCACCUCCAGCCCUAAGAACAGGAAAAAGAAGUCUUCCAUACAGAAAGCUCCUAUAGCAUUCCGCCCCUUUAAAAUGCAGCAGAUUGAAGAAGUCAGUAUUUUAUUUGCAGACAUCGUGGGCUUCACCAAGAUGAGUGCCAACAAGUCUGCACAUGCCUUGGUGGGUCUCCUCAAUGAUCUAUUCGGUCGCUUUGACCGGCUGUGUGAGGAGACCAAAUGCGAGAAGAUCAGCACUCUGGGAGACUGUUACUAUUGUGUGGCAGGAUGUCCAGAGCCUCGGGCAGACCAUGCCUACUGCUGCAUUGAAAUGGGCUUGGGCAUGAUAAAAGCCAUUGAGCAGUUCUGCCAGGAGAAGAAAGAAAUGGUGAACAUGCGUGUUGGGGUUCACACAGGGACUGUCUUGUGUGGCAUCCUGGGCAUGAGGAGGUUUAAAUUUGACGUAUGGUCCAAUGAUGUGAACUUGGCCAAUCUCAUGGAGCAGCUUGGAGUAGCUGGCAAAGUUCACAUAUCUGAGGCCACUGCAAAAUACUUAGAUGAUAGGUACGAAAUGGAAGAUGGGAGAGUUACCGAACGCCUUGGUCAGAGUGUGGUUGCUGAUCAGUUGAAAGGUUUGAAGACAUACCUGAUAUCGGGUCAGAGAGCCAAGGAGUCCCACUGCAGCUGUGCAGAGGCCUUGCUUUCUGGCUUUGAGGUCAUUGACGGCUCACGGGCGUCCUCAGGCCCUAGGGGACAGGGGACAGCAUCAUCAGGGAGUGUCAGUGACUUGGCGCAGACUGUCAAACCCUUUGAUAACCUUAAGACUUGUCCUUCAUGUGGAAUCACAUUUGCUCCCAAAUCUGAAGUUGGUGCAGAAGGAGGAACUGUACAAAACGGCUGUCAAGACGAGCCCAAGACCAGCACCAAGGUAACAAGCUCAUGGCUGUUGUUCCUGUCAGUUCCUCUCCUGGCGCAUCCACCUAAGGCUUCUGGAGGACCCAACUCCAAAACCCAGAAUGGACUCCUGAGCCCUCCAGCAGAGAAGCUCACCAACAGCCAGACCUCCCUAUGUGAGAUCCUGCAGGAGAAGGGACGGUGGGCAGGUGUGAGCUUGGACCAGUCAGCCCUCCUCCCACUGAGGUUCAAGAAUAUCCGUGAGAAAACUGAUGCCCAUUUUGUGGAUGUUAUCAAAGAAGACAGCCUGAUGAAAGAUUAUUUUUUCAAGCCGCCCAUCAAUCAAUUCAGCCUGAACUUCCUGGAUCAGGAGCUGGAGCGAUCCUACAGGACCAGCUACCAGGAAGAGGUCAUAAAGAAUUCUCCCGUGAAGACUUUUGCAAGUGCUACCUUCAGCUCCCUCCUGGAUGUGUUUCUGUCCACCACAGUGUUCCUGAUCCUCUCUGUUACUUGCUUCCUGAAGUAUGGGGCCACUGCCACACCUCUCUCAUCUGCUGCCCUGGCUGUCUUUGGUGCAAAUCUACUGCUGGAGGUGCUGUCUCUAGUAGUGUCCAUCAGGAUGGUGUUCUUCCUGGAGGAUGUCAUGACAUGCACAAAGCGGUUGCUGGAAUGGAUCGCUGGCUGGCUCCCUCGCCACUGCAUCGGGGCCAUCCUGGUGUCCCUACCUGCCUUGGCUGUCUACUCUCACAUCACCUCCGAGUUUGAGACGAACAUACAAUUCACCAUGUUCACUGGUUCUGCUGUGUUGGUGGCGGUUGUGCACUACUGUAACUUCUGCCAACUUAGCUCCUGGAUGAGGUCUUCCCUUGCCACCAUUGUGGGGGCUGGGCCACUGCUUCUGUUCUACAUCUCCCCAUGCCCAGACAGUUCCAUAGUAAUGUCAGCCCUGGAUACAGCACAGAAUUUCAGUGUUGAGAGGAACCCAUGCAACAGCUCACUGCUGCAGGAUAGCAGGAGGCCAGCCAACCUCGUAGGCAAGGAACUCAUCCUCGCCUUCUUCCUCCUGCUCCUCUUGGUCUGGUUCCUGAACAGAGAGUUCGAGGUCAGCUACCGCCUGCACUACCAUGGGGAUGUGGAAGCAGAUCUCCACCGCACUAAGAUCCAAAGCAUGAGGGACCAGGCUGACUGGCUACUGAGGAACAUCAUCCCCUACCAUGUGGCUGAGCAGCUGAAAGUUUCCCAGACCUACUCCAAGAACCACGAUAGUGGAGGUGUGAUCUUCGCCAGCAUUGUAAACUUCAGUGAGUUCUAUGAGGAGAACUACGAAGGGGGCAAGGAGUGCUACCGGGUCCUCAAUGAGCUGAUUGGUGACUUUGAUGAGCUCCUGAGCAAGCCAGACUACAACAGCAUUGAAAAGAUCAAGACCAUUGGGGCCACAUACAUGGCAGCAUCAGGGCUGAACACGGCCCAGUGUCAGGAAGGUGGCCACCCACAGGAGCAUCUACGGAUCCUGUUCGAGUUCGCCAAGGAGAUGAUGCAUGUGGUAGAUGACUUCAAUAACAACAUGCUGUGGUUCAACUUCAAGCUCAGAGUUGGCUUUAAUCAUGGGCCCCUUACAGCAGGUGUCAUUGGCACCACCAAGCUGCUGUACGACAUCUGGGGGGACACUGUCAACAUUGCCAGCAGGAUGGAUACCACUGGGGUUGAGUGCCGCAUCCAGGUGAGCGAAGAGAGCUACCGUGUGCUGAGCAAGAUGGGCUAUGACUUUGACUACCGCGGGACUGUGAAUGUCAAGGGGAAAGGACAGAUGAAGACCUACCUUUACCCAAAGUGCAUGGAUAAUGGGGUUGUGCCACAGCACCAGCUGUCCAUCUCCCCAGACAUCCGAGUACAGGUGGAUGGCAGCAUUGGACGGUCUCCCACAGAUGAGAUUGCCAACCUGGUGCCUUCUGUCCAGUAUUCGGACAAGACUUCCCUGGGCUCUGAUGACAACACUCAGGCCAAGGAUGUGCACCUGUCCUCUAAGAGACCCUGGAGAGAGCCAGUCAAAGCCGAAGAGAGGUGUCGAUUUGGCAAAGCCAUAGAAAAAGAUGACUGUGAAGACACAGGAAUAGAAGAAGCCAAUGAACUCACCAAGCUCAAUGUCUCAAAGAGUGUAUGAGGCAGCGCCAAGAGCUGCCGAGGUGCUCUGUUCGUCGAAACACAAUAAUAUUUGUAUCUGACUGUUGUGCUUUCUAAGCACCUCAGUUUCUGUCCCCAGAUGUGGUGUUAUGUGGUCAUGACAGCCCUAAUUUCUGUGUGGAUCACAGUUAUUCAGGGUUCAUCUCCAUCCAUUUCUUCUUUCCUUUGUCCUCUUUCCCAGAAACUUGCCCUCUAUGGGCAGGGUCCAUUCAGCGGCGUGGAAGAAUACAAGUGCCUUCAGGGGUUGGCCUUGAGCCUUGAGUCUAGGACCGAGGCCACUGGUGGAAUCAUGGCUCUGGGUAUUAUUUGACUUCUUUUUUAAAAAGCUGUGGUUAAGAUACCAUUUUUAUUGCCUUUUCUCACAAACUUUUUUUCCCUCAUACAGUGUUUUUCCAGUUUAUUUUUUUUCUAUAUGUGUAAUAGUGUUUCUCAGUCACCUAGCCUUUCUAAACAUAUACACGCACACACACUUGCAUUUAUGAAUCUGACAUAAAGUGCCAGUAACUCAUCCUGGGGGAGGGGCUAUAAAAGGAGAGUCAGACUGGGAAGCCAGCAAGCCUCCUCCCCAUAUCUCUUGAGCACCUGGGCUCACACUCCUAUGAGCCAUAAAUGGACCUCCCUCCUAAAACCGGGCAGUUUCAGGGGUUCACAUGCAUGCAGAUCAAGAUUUCAGAUGCUCAUCAGGCACAAAACUUACAAACCCAGGCCUCAGGUAUCUCAAAGCCGUUUUUCAUCCUGACCCUUGGCAGAGGGGUCUUCCAGCCAGGAGUAAAGGUGUUUUAGAAGCUGACUCAUCAGAGGGAGAAACUCAGAACUGUCUGAGAGUCACAUUUAUUUAUUUAUUUAUUUAUCAAGACGUGUGUAUUUUGGGGAGGGGGGUCACUGGACUGUUUGGGUGAAGGAAAGCAGGCUGGGGUGGGCAGUACAGUUUGCAAAGAACACAGCAAACUGCUGGCAGGAUGCCCCUCAAUGUUUCAAGUCUCAGCCACUGUGGCCCACGCUGCCACCCAGGGUGCUGCUCCCCCUUGUGGGGAUCCAGAGCAAAACCGGCUCGGCUCAAAGCAGGCUUCUACAAACUUAAGUUUGUCCAUUCUCUCCCACUGUUGGACCGAUUUGCAGCAGGAUUUAAUCCUGCCUACUGAGUCAGACUCUCGAGAGGGUCAGAACCAUCUGUAUGCCAAAGGAGAUCCAGACACCUAGAGAAAGAAAACCUAAGGAAUCCCA